CCAGCCGUCACUCUGGACUCCUCAAGGCGCACAGACACACAGCGUCCCGUUCUCACCGACCAGACCCAGCACAUCACAUCAGCAGCGACCAUCAUGUCUGCGUCCCCGUCGAAUCGGUCCACCUCGCGACCAGCAUCGGCAGCCUCUGUUGAUGACGGUCUCUACUCCCCCACAUCCAUGCAGCGAUCCUCCUCUACCGACCACAGCAAGGUCUCUAAGCGCAAGGGCACUCGCUCCGUCUCCACACUCACACCUGCACAGCUCGCUCGCAAGCGUGCCAACGACAGGGAGGCCCAGCGUGCCAUCCGCGCCCGCACAAAGGAACACAUUGAGCGUCUCGAGGCCGAGCUCGACGAGCUCCGAAGUGUCCACUCGCGCGACCAGGCGGUCCAGGAGCUCCUCCGCCGAAACCGCAUGCUCGAGGACGAGCUGCGCUCCCUCCGCGAAUCCGUCGGCCUCUCGAGCUCGCACCACUCGAGCAGCUACCAGGCGGCCGCGUCCUACUCCAUGGCCGGCUCCCUCACCAGCCCACGGACCUCGCCGUACCCGUCCAGCGACUUCAGCGCGCCGCCGCCGCCGCCGCCCCCCGGCAACCUGCCUGACUACACGUCCGCAGGCUACGGGCCCUUUGCUGGCAAUGCAUCGUCGUCAGCGACCUCGGCCGAGAACUGGGCCGCCCCCGGGUCGACCGCCUCUGUACCUUCCAACGUCUCCAGUCCGUGCUCCACCAACAACGAUGAGUACGGUACCGGUUCGGCUUACCUACCUACCAGCGCCCCGAACCCCAUGGUCCCAUCACCCGCUAGUCUGAGGCACCACCACGGCAUCAAGAUGGAGUAUGAGGACGGCAAUGACCAUGGAUUCCCUCUUGAGCAGCACCGCUCGGGCAGCUCGUCGUCCAUGACGCUCGCCUCGAAUGGCUUCAUGCCGCCCCAGCAACACGCUGCGGCGUGGCCACCCGCGUCCGGCAUGUACUAUGCUGCCAUGCAGCCCCCCGUGUACUAAGCAUCGGGAUUGUCAAUCUCUCCCUCUCUUUCCAUCGACAGCAGAACCCCCCUGAAGCUUCGGAGGCUGGCUUCACCAAGCUAUGGGCGGGCGGGUCUUUCUGCUCUCAUUCUUCACGUACACGACGACACUUGCCCUGCAUUCUUUUCUUCAUCGAUAUCCUCUUAUCCCCUC